CUCAAACCGCGGCUUGGCGGCUGGGACAGGGCUGUGGCUGCGAGGCUUGGGUCUACCCCGCGGAUCCAGGGUCGGGAGUCGGAGCCGCAGGUGCAGGAAAGGGCAGGGCAAGUGGCACGUUUCUAGUGCACGUUCUCUUUGCUUCGGGAGAUUGCUUAGCCGCGCUUUGGAGAGGUUUGCCUCAGCUCUGAGCCCAUCUGAUAAGUGAGCAAACUGAGGCCGAGAAGUGGGAGGCGCUACCAUCUGCAGGGUCAGGCAACCCGCUCCGGGGAGACUGGGCACCAAGACUUCGGGGUCGGUUUUCCUAGGCCAGCUUGGGUCUGUGGGCGUCGGGAGCACGGGCCCCGCUCCGUUCCCUGCACCCUCCGCCCCAUCGCACCCCUCGCCGCUGCAGGAGGCUCCCUAAAGGAGGAGCUCCGCACGCGUAGGAGGAGCCAGGGCAGCCCCUGGGAGCGGGGACACAAUCCUCUGGGAUUUAGAGUAGAAGCAGAGCCCGGGAGGAACCCCGUCAGCCGGGCAGGCAGAAAGCUUCGGGAGCAGCCUCAUGGAAGACAAGCAGAUCCUGUGCGUGGGGCUAGUGGUGCUGGACGUCAUCAGUCUGGUGGACAAGUACCCUCAGGAGGACAUGGAGAUAAGAUGCAAAUCCCAGAGAUGGCAGCGUGGAGGCAACGCAUCCAACUCCUGCACCGUUCUCUCCCUGCUCGGAGCCCCCUGCGCCUUCAUGGGCUCACUGGCCCCCGGCCAUGUUGCUGAUUUUGUCCUGGAUGACCUCCGUCGCUAUUCUGUGGACCUACGCUACACAGUCUUUCAGACCACAGGCUCCGUCCCCAUCGCCACGGUCAUCAUCAACGAGGCCAGUGGUAGCCGCACCAUCCUAUACUCCAACAGCUUCCUGGUGGCUGACUUCAGGCGGCGGGGCGUGGAUGUGUCUCAGGUGGCCUGGCAGAGCACGGGGGAUACCCCCAGCUCUUGCUGCAUCAUCAACAACUCCAAUGGCAACCGUACCAUUGUGCUCCACGACACGAACCUGCCAGAUGUGUCAGCUAAGGAUUUUGAGAAGGUUGAUCUGACCCGGUUCAAGUGGAUCCACAUUGAGGGCCGGAACGCCUCAGAGCAGGUGAAGAUGCUGCAGCGGAUAGAUGAGCACAAUGCCAGGCUGCCUCCGGAGCAGAGGAUCCGGGUAUCCGUGGAGGUGGAAAAGCCCCGCGAGGAGCUGUUCCAGCUGUUUGGCUACGGAGAUGUGGUGUUUGUCAGCAAAGACGUGGCCAAGCACUUGGGGUUCCAGUCAGCAAAGGAAGCCCUGAGGAGCUUGUACAGUCGCGUGAGGAAAGGGGCUGUGCUCAUCUGUGCCUGGGCUGAGGAGGGCGCCGACGCCCUGGGCCCUGAUGGCAAAUUGCUCCACUCGGAUGCUUUCCCGCCACCCCGCGUGGUAGAUACUCUGGGGGCUGGAGACACCUUCAAUGCUUCUGUCAUCUUCAGCCUCUCCCAGGGGAAGAGCAUGCAGGAGGCACUGACGUUCGGCUGCCAGGUGGCCGGCAAGAAGUGUGGCCUACAGGGCUUCGAUGGCAUCGUGUGAGGGGCAUGCAGCAGGAGGCACCAGGUCGUCACCCCCUCGGAGGCUGGCACCACUGCUGCCGUUGCCUUCUCCCCUCCGUCCAGCCUGGCAUCUGGGCUGCCCUGCUCCUUGGGCAGAUGCAGGUUGUGGGGAGGACUCACCUGUGUCCUGUGUCCCCCACACAUCUCUCCCUGUGGAGCCUCAGAGCAAAUAAACCUUCCCCUG